CAGUUUAAAACAAAACGUUAAAGUGAACAUACAUACCUAGUACUUCGCAGUGCGAAAUCGAAAAACUUUAUUUAAUUGUAACCUGUGCAAAACUAAAAAUAUCAAACAAAAUGUCACUCAGUCACUUGCUUUCGCUUGCCGAUCUGCUGCAGGAGCCACGCAGCCACGACUUUGGUCACGGAAUGCAUCCGCGCCAGCUACAAACCUGGGCAACCCCGUCGCAGCAGUUAAUGGCGAAUCCUUGGCAAUGUAUGCAUCCGUCCUGUCCUACCUCGCCUAUGGCCAAUAUUGUGGCUCGUCGUCGUAACCACGAAAUGACUAAGCGUGAUGGUGGCGACAAUUGGAACUGGCCUGCUGCUCAAGUGGGGAAGGAUGGCUUCCAAGUAUGCAUGGAUGUGGCGCAGUUUAAGCCAAGCGAACUGACCGUCAAAGUAGUGGACAACUCUAUAGUGGUUGAGGGCAAACAUGAGGAGCGCGAAGACAAUCAUGGCUAUAUAUCGCGCCAUUUUGUGCGUCGCUAUGCCUUGCCUCAAGGCUACGAAGCGGACAAGGUGGCUUCUGCGCUAUCUUCGGAUGGCGUCCUGACUGUCAGCGUGCCCAAGCCGCAGCCUAUUGAGGACAAGUCCAAGGAGCGCGUCGUUCAGAUACAGCAAGUGGGACCUGCGCAUCUGAACGUGAAGGAGAAUAAGGCAGAUGAUGCCAAGGACAAGAAGGCGACAAAUGGCGGCUCCAAGUGAAAGCCAUCACUAGGCAGCCAUUUUUUUUUCUUGAUUCGUCAAGUCAUCCUCAUCUCUUGCCAUUUUUAAUUCAUCCCUAUUUCCUAAUAACCAAUGUGUAUUUAAAACGAGCUAAAGACUAAUUAAUAAUAAUACAAAAUAAAUUUGAUGCAGCAAU